UUCUAGUGUAGAUUUCAAUAUAAGGCAUUUACAUGUACACUAUUCACUGUGUUCACCGCGCUCCCGUUCAGCUGCCCUAAUUGGGCGUACAUUUGCGCACGCCACUAGCCUUGGCAGAUUCGUGACCUACAUCAUGCUCACCUGCUCAACACAUUCAACAGGCUUCAUUGCAUAAACUAACAGCCUUUACGGAAUAACCAUCGCCAUGUCUGGUGUUCAAUUCACAGCUCUUAUCAGACUCCCUUUUGCGCGUGGCGAUUUUGCGGAACCCCCUCCAGUGAGACUUUAUGAUCGCUCCAACCUCACUAGCUGCGUUCUGACCAUGCUUCAGGCAAGUUGGGAUUCAUCAAAGGAUCGCGCUUUAUGGCGACUUGUAUCAAAAUCGGCAAAAGCUAGCGACUUGAACUGUAAGAUAAUUUCCUACUCUAUCUCUAUUUCGAUAAUAAUAUUGUUACUAACGGAAAAGCAGGGGUGGAGUUCUGACAGCUUCAAUGUGCCUCCUGCCUUUCUUCUGCAACAAGCCGCGUGGCUCUAUGAGCGUCACUUAGAACACGUACGUGCUCAACUGAAGAGGGUAGGGGGAGGUGCGCCAGCUACUCCCUCGGGCUUAGAUAGUACCCACACUGUUAUGGGUGGUAUCCCGAUGAAAAGAAUUGGAAGUGCGGGAUCGGCAGCCUCGAGGACCACUUCUUCACAGUCUACUCGACCAAAGGACAAUCCUGCGUCCACUGGUGAAGUUGGCACAACAGGUACAUAUAAUCGUCUCGGAAUGGGCAGAAUAACAGCCAAACUGAUGUGUACAGCGCCAACAUUAUCUCGGACGCCAUCGACAAACACUAUAACACAGUCUCGGGCGAAUCAAGCUCCACCGGGGCGUCAACAAAAGCCUCUGUAUCGGCAGAAAAUGGAGCAGGAACGAAUUGAACGGGGGAAGAGUACCAUCACUUCAUCUGGUCAACCUCGAAGUUCAUCUCCCGAUUUCUCGCCUUCGACUCGUAGCUUGUCUUCCAGCAGUACAUCGGAGUCAGAAUCGGAAAGCGAUAAUCCGGCGACACGCAGCCAGCUGUUCAAGAGACCCCCACGGUUUCGCUCACAGAGAGCGAGGGAUCUGAGCGCUCAUGAUGAAGAUAUUGAAGAGUCUGAUGAAGUCGAUGCAGACUCGGGCGGCAUGUUACCAUUUGCAAACUCAUCGGCGCGAGCAAAAGGUACGGAUGUUCACGGCUUCUCAGCUGCAACGUCGCGACCGGGCAAUUCAAAAGCAGGGAGAGCUGGGGCUGCUGAUCUAGCCCUUAAGCAAGACGCUGGACCAUCAGGAACAGAGGCUAGUUCUUCCAUGGCAAGCUCCUCAAGUGAUGCACCUAAGUCAGAUUUGGCAAGUCCUGGUCCAUUGAGUCCACGACAUCGCGAGUCUUUGGUGCGAGCUAGUCCCCGGAGGCUGGGUAACAGGUCAGUAAAAGAAGGAAGCGAGGGCACCCCCAGCAUGGGCAGUAGCUUCAGCGAUAUUGAUGAUGCAAGCAUUAGUCAAUCGGCACUCGAGGAAGCUUUGCUUAGCAAUAUCCAACAUGGACGAAUGAGUACACUCAGUCAGCUGAGAUCUAGAUACCUAUGA